AUGAAGAUGCUGCUCUUCUUCUUACUUUCACUCUUCCAUUUCAACCCAUCUCUGAGCCUAAGAAUCUGUUCCUUCAAUGUGAGGUCUUUUGGAGAAGCUAAAAUAGCCAGACCUGAAGUCAUCAAUGCUGUGGUGAAGAUCAUCUCCCGCUGUGACAUCAUGCUGCUGAUGGAAAUAAAGGACAGCAAGAACCGAGUUUGUCCUCUCCUGGUGGAGAAGCUCACCAGCCAGCUGAAGGGGCCAGAGGAGCAGUACAGGUGCGUGGCCAGUGAGAGGCUGGGAAGGAACAGCUACAAGGAGCAGUAUGCCUUCGUCUACAGGCAAAAUCAGGUAUCAGUGAGACAAACCUACCAGUACCCUGACACCCAGCCUGGGGAUGAGGAUGUCUUCUCCAGAGAGCCCUUUGUCGUCUGGUGGCAGUCUCCCAAAACCGCUGUCAGUGAGUUUGCUAUUAUCCCUCUGCACACCCCACCAGGCACAGCAGUGCGGGAGAUUGAUGAGCUCUAUGAUGUGUAUUUAGAUGUCAAACAGCGCUGGAAAACCGAGAACUUCGUCUUCAUGGGGGACUUCAAUGCUGGGUGUAGCUAUGUUCCCCAAAAGCAGUGGAAGAACAUCCGUCUGAGGACUCACUCCGAAUUCCUCUGGCUAAUUGGUGACAAAAAUGACACAACUGUGAAGAACAGCACCAGGUGCCCAUAUGACAGGAUUGUGGUCAGUGGACAGAAGCUCAUCCAGGCUGUGGUGCCACACUCUGUCAACAUCUUUGAUUUCCAGGAGGAAUUCCAGAUGACUGAGGAGCAGGCUCUGGGAGUGAGCGACCAUUUCCCAGUAGAAUUCGAGUUAAAAGCAAAAGGUGGCUUUUUCAACUGGCUGAGAUCAAAGUUUUCAAGGAAGAGGAGACCAAAGAAGAGCCACAGAUCGUGAUCAUGAGCAUGCUGAGUCCUCCUACGUGGCAUGGAAAUGCACAGAUGCCAGCAGAUCUUGUAGAAGACUGGUGUAGAAAUACUCACAGCAAGUGCAAUUGCUUCCAAUAUUUUUACCCAAUAUAGUGGGUAAAAAACACCAAAUACUGAGUUAAAAUUCAAAUAUUUUGAGUGAGAAGGCAAAUUAAACCUUCACGCUGUUUUUUCUUCAUUGUACAGAGAAAAAAAAUCAGCUAGAAGCAGCACACUGUAUUUACUGUACUGGUCACAAAUGCAAGGAGCUACUGCAGGGCUAAAAUUCUUCUGUGUGCUUUACCUGCAACACCCGAGGGGCAGGGAACUCCAUGUUCCCGUGGGCUCUGGAGCUCUGCCAUUCCUCUGCAGGGGCAGAAGGAUUAAAAGGACAUUUU